AUGUCUGAAUUAUUGCACCUGCAGGACAAACUGAUGCAGGAAGUUGAUAAAAUCUUUGGAGAGUUAAUCAAGAAAAUUGGUGAAAGUCACGGUUCGAUUUCCGGCUUCUGCGGAAGUAUAUAUAAUACGGGGCAUGAUGGAUUAUGCCGUAGCAGAUGUCAGGAGAUUACAAAAAUCCUGCUAUACAUGAAAGGGUAUGAUUUAACACAGACUCAAGGAUUGCAGACACGGACAGUAGACCAGGCACAUUGGACGGCCUUUCAAGAAUAUUUAAGAUGUGUGCUAGCAGGAGAGGCUUUAGUACGAGUCUAUGGGAGCAAUCGUGAUCAUGUGGACGUAAUGAAUAGGGUUUCGGAUUAUUUAACACCAGGUAAAACAUUUAUGCAGCAGACGCUUCAAAGUGGAAUAUGUGACAACAGAGAUUGGGGGAAGGUGAUAUUCCAAUCAAAGAGUCUGGGAACUGCCCUACAUAAUCGAUUACACGACCUCAAUAAAACUUGGCCGCAAGUUAGAGCAGGUGCUGGGCACGCAGCAAGAAAAUGUGGAUGGGAUGAUACAGACGGAACUACGCACACUGACGAACCAUGCAAUGAGAACGACGUGGUGAUAACAGAAGACGACGCGCUCAUGAAGACAAUAAGGCACUCGGUGGAAGCAGCAGACACCUUUCCGAACGUACGGAGGGUGUUACACGACAUGCAAAAACAAGGGGGAUACACGGGGCGCUGUGACAUAGAGACGAAGAUAAAGGAGAAGGUCCAGGAAAUGCAGAACACAGUGAACAGGACAAAAACGACCGCUGCGCGUGGCCAAGUGCCACGAGGACCAGGAUUAGGACGUGGAUCCGGAGGAGGACCCGGGAAAGCAGGGUCACCGUCACCACGCCCUGGAACAGGACCAGGGAGGCGACCAAGACCGCGGCCGAGACCCGUACCACCGUCGACAUCGUCCACGAAACCGUCCGAACCGCCCACCGUGGCGACACCAGCGGCCGGCUCAGAACCACCACCACAACCGGUCAAGCCGGCGACAGCUGCCCAACCAGUAGCGGUGAAACCGGCAUCACCACCGUCAUCGGGAAGUGGCACGACGACGACAUCAUCUGGUGGUGGUGGUGGUGGUAAGGGUGCUGCUCCCGGAGGUAAUGGGAACACCGAACACACGACAUGUAAAGGGCAGAGAAUAUUGGACGGGACGCAUACGGAAGUGUACGUGGUGCACGGGUACAAUGCUGAUCAAUGGCACCAGGUGAAGGAAGUGUUGGAAGAGUUUAUUAAGUAUUUAGGAACCAAUAAUGAAAAUUUUGACGCACUUGGUGCCAACUGUUAUAAUACAGGUUGGAAUGAUUUCGACGACGUUGCAUACUAUACGGGACAAAGAGUAGCGGAUAUGAUGAGGUGCCGACUCAUGUCAGGUGCGUUGUGGUUUGCAAACACAGACACAAAAGAUGACCACAUCAAUAGGUUAAGAUGUGAGGUGGUACAUGUCUUUGGGCAUCUACUGAAAACGUUGUACUGUAAGGAUAAGGGAGGAUACAAGAGAGGUACAGAGUAUGCUUGGGAAACAUUCAAGAGCAUGCAGAGUCAAGGACAAAAUGGAACUGCAUUGGUACCGGGUCCUGUUGUGGAAGGAAAGUGCACAAUGUGUGGAUAUGACCAGCAUCGGAGGUGGUCAAAAGCAAUAAAUUGGGAAAUAGCUGACUGGCUAUUGGGGGACGGAACAAUAAGUUCUGAAAUAGCACAAAUGCAACAGGCAAUGCCGUGUACAACAAAAUGGACAGAUUAUAUUAAGGACGGGGAACAACAACAGGAGAGUAUCAAUAAAAAUUUGGACGACAAGGGACUUAAGCAGGUGGCGCUAGUAACGAAGGAGAUAGUAGAGAAAGCAACGAAGGUGUUUGAACAGGUGAAGAAAAAGGUAGAACAGGAAAUUGCAACAGUGAAAGACAAGGAUACGACAGGAGGCAAGAAACCAGCAGAUCCACCAGUUAAGGUACCAGCAGUACCACAGGCGGUUGUUCCGGAGAAGAAAGUAACUUCAACCAAGAAUGGUGCAGACGCAGUAGGCAGGUCCGAUAAUGGGGCACAGCGGCCCGUACCACAACCCCCACCUGCGGCACCGCCACCAGGGCAGGACGGCCAGGGGCCCAAGGAUGAACCGAAGGAUAAGAAUACAUCAGCAGGUAAGCAGGAUGGACCCUCUUGUGUGACCACUAUAAAUGAUAAGAAAGUCCAUAGAACCCCGUUUCAUGAUAAUAAUGUUGGUAUACAGCUUACGUUAACUGACACCAGUCCUACAUCCGGCUGCGCAGGAAGCAGUACCCCAGGAACUCCGGGAACAGACAGUAAAACGAACAUUGGCACACAACCUAACGUUGAGGAUAAGAAGAAGGAUGCUGAUGCGAAUGAACACGGAAGCGGAAAAGGAACAAAAGGAGCCGAUAGCCCACCUGAGCCGUCUAGGCAGGCGGAUGAACAGGGAAAAGGGGACAACUUACCGACUGACGGAUCAUGCUCAGGUACUUCACACCCCUCCGGGGAAAACAGUAUUGUGCCUCGGGUCAUACAAAAAGAGGAUACUUCCGAUGGCUCCGAAAUGUUCCACCCUGAUUGGGAUGGAACACAGUUUCCAUGGGAAAAAAAGAACGAAACCGGAUCACAGGCACCCGCUGCCGCGGCCUCCCCCGUGAGUGGCACUACUGGACAGCAACCUUCCGACUCUGUCGACCCAAAUCAGCGACAAUGUAACCCUUCUGAGAAUUCUGCAGGGACCCGACCAUGUGUCCUGGAAAUAUCACCAGGACAUAUACCCGGCAUAGAUACUGUAUCUGGAGGAUUUGCACCCCCGUACCCAGAACAUAAAGCAUCCUCCCCAUCAAAUACAAACGCAGGUACGGGGAGCGGGGGCCCAGAUGGACCCGACCUAACCGCCGACGUCCUUACCGCCACUACUCCCGUGCUGUUUUUUCUCACUUCCGUCACCGUCGCCCUUCUUGGUUAUUCCCUUUGGCAGUACUUUGCGUACCUCGGACAACCACGACGACGAGCAUAUCGAACCGUUCGUGACGUGCCGUCACCGCCACUCGACGAAGAAAUAUUGCAACAUCUACAACGCGGCGAACUGCCGCCACCCGUUUACGGGUACACGGUUAUGCGCGCACCACGUCGCGAUACAUUUGCCGACCGCCGCGGACCACGCCCCCCACGCGUGCAUAAGCGCACGAUCAUCGAGCUACAUCUAGAAGUGCUCAACGAAUGUGAAGCAGCCGAGUGGGAAAACGUCAAAGACGACUAUUUGCAAAUACUCGUUGAACAGUUUAUGGGGGACGACAACGGACGUUGUGGUGCCCCGGUUUCUUCUUCGAACCAGGAAUCGACAACCGGCCAUUCCACAACCGCCGAUUCGACAACCCUGGAUUCAUGUCGACCUAACGAAGAGGACCCCGAUCCAUGGAGUUGUAUGGAAUCCAAACAGUUAGCAACGGACCCUUGUCCACCUAACGAAGAUGACCCCGAUCCAUGCAAGUGUAUGGAAACUAUACAGUUCGCAACGGACCCCGGUCCACCUAACGAAGAGCACUCCGAUCCAUGGAGUUGUAUGGAAACCAUGCAGUUAGCAACGGACCCUUGCGCACCGCAUGACCCCGAUCCAUGGAGUUGUAUGGAAACUAUACAAUUACAAACGCACCCUUGUGCACCGAAUGAAGACCACCCCGAUCCAUGGACUUGUAUGGAAAACAUACAGUUAGCCACGGACACUUCUCCACCGAAUGAACACGACCCCGAUCCAUGGAGUUGUAUGGAAACCAGACAGUUAGCAACGGACGCUUCUCCGCCUAACGAAGAGCACCCCGAUCCAUGGAGUUGUAUGGAAACCAUACAGUUAGCAACGGACCGUUGUCCAACUAAUGACUGCGCUUCAUGCAGUUGUAUGGAAAACAUACAGUUAGAUGCACAACAGCAUGCUCAUUCCAACCCCGACCACGGUCACGACACGUCGUACUGCACCCAAUGGAUUAACUGGAUUGACCGCAACAAGCACCUAUUGCAGCAGUGCACGACGCAGCCGUGGUUUUUGCAAUUGACAGCGGAUUGGACACAAUACCUGCGUGCACACAUGGCGGCAGACGCAGCAUCCGGUGAGCACAGGACAGCCGCAACCAUGGACAGCAAGAAGCACGCAUGGAAACAGUGGAUAGCGCAACAACAUCGGCAAAUGAGUGUGUACAGGGAACAGGAGUGGUUCCAUCAUUUGUUGGUCCACAUCCAGGAGGAGACAGCACCGGAAAAACGCGCAGUACCUAUAGCGCAAAAAGCCUUAGAACUGGACAACGUAAUGGGAACAGAAGAUGUUCUACGAGUGAGAGAUGUACCACGCACCCAACUGCAUAAGCAACCUUACAUGAAAAAACGGGCAACCGCUAACAUAUGGAUACUGCUCCUGGCAUUAGUCAUAGAACAGUGCGAGGUCGAAUGUCGUUUGCAGGAGACGGAGUUAUAUGUGGAUGACCUAUUGGCACAGCUCUGA